CAUUGGCACUUGCUAUAUAUUAACCAUAUGUUAAUAGACAUUCAGAUAAAGUUUUUUUGCGUAACAAUAGAAAAGAAUUAUGGCUGCUCGUCUACGUCACUUAAAUCCAAAGAAAACUUUAUUCCUGUUGUGCGAUAUACAGGAAAAAUUUCGCCCUGGAAUGCCCUUAUUUGCAAAUGCAGUUCAAAACGCUUCUAAAUUGACAAAGGCUGGAAAGGUACUGGAUAUACCUUUGAUAUGCACCGAGCAUUAUCCCGAAAAACUUGGUAAAAUCGUUAAAGACAUUGAUGUAAGUCAUGCCAAGGCUGUAAUUGGAAAAACUCGUUUCAGCAUGAUAGUGCCGGAACUCGAGGCCAAAGUAAAAGACAUUUUUGGUAGUCAGCCAGAAGAUGUUGUUCUCUAUGGAUUGGAGUCCCAUAUAUGCGUUGAGCAGACGGUAAUGGAUUUGUUGGAGAGGCAAAUUAAUGUUGUCCUUGUUGCUGAUUGCUUGAUUUCGCGCCUUACACAGGAUCGCGAUUUGGCUAUAGAUCGCAUGCGUAAUGCAGGAUGUACAGUAUCGACCAGCGAAAGUGUUAUAUUUGACUUGAUGGGCGACAAGAAUCAUCCUAAAUUUGACAUUGUUCGUAAAUUUGUUAACGAACCAUCAGCUGAUAUGCAGCUCUCUAAGGGAUCAUCUUCGAAGUUGUAAACACAUGUAAAUCAAAGUUAAAAAAUCUUUUGCAUUUAUUUAGUAUACAUAUGUAUAUAGCAAUUUUGUGAUGCAAUAGUAUUGUUUCUUUGUGUAUGACAAAAACAAAAAAAUGGUCUGGUAAUAACUUAUUUUAGAAUGCUGCAUGUACCAUACACAGGUUCUAGAAACCCAUAGAAAGGAUUUCUCGAAAUGUAUGGGUUUUUUUGUUUUUUUUAUCUUGAAAAGAUUUUUAUAAAGUAUUAUAACCAAACAACA